AGAGCACGCAGAGCUUUUGCUACACAAGGAAAAUGCUGCUUCUAACUCUUGAUAACGCAUUUUGCGGGAAGAGGGUGUCCUCUUCUUCCGUCCCCCCAUGCAGCUGCAUGUUGCUAUACACACUUCAAUGGGCAAAUAGUAAACUUGUUGCUGCUGGAAAAGAACAAAGACAUUCCUGUCAUGGAACUGUCCCCAGAAAUGGGUUCUUUCACCUGGUGUGCAAGGAACCCGAGUUUAUUUCAUGCCAGCGCAGAGAUGGGUGCUGGGUGGUGAAUCCGCAGAGCCAGCACACUCAGUUACAGCCAAGCAGUGUGUUUGUAUUUUCAAAAUACCAAAGUCUGGAGUUACCCAAUUUCUAAAUGCAUGCCCACUCUAUAGCUAUUGGACAAUCUUUUGCCUGCUUCAAUUUUAAGGUAGAAAGCAUUUCAAAUUUAUUGUGCAUGUUCAGUAGGUAGCCGUUUUCAUUUGGACGUGGGUAACCUAAGCUUUAGAGGCGUGGCUUUCACAUUAUAAUGAACUAAGUUCAUCUAAAGGACCCAUUUUUAGCUGAUUUAGCUAAGUUCAGUAAAACUUACUGAACAUUGCCAAGUGCAGUGUCCAGUAUCUAAUUCAAGAUCUCUGUUUGUGAUAUCUCUUUACUUGUUUCAAACUAUUCUGCAACACCUUGCUGUUUCCCACUUUUCUGGGUCUUUAAAAUAUUUAUUGUUCUCUUAUGAAUCACUCUGCAAGAUCUCUUCUUAAACCAUUCAUCUUUCACCAGAAUGGGGUACAGUAAGUGUGAGGGGUUGGCUCUGGCCUAAUUUCAAACACCAGUCACACUUAAGCUUUUGCUGACAUUAUUAAUAAUAUGCCUUAAUUUAGAAAGCAAAACUUUAAGAGAGUAAGAAACAAUAACAAAAGCACUGCCAGUCUGUGGAUUCACUCUUUAUACAAACUAGGGCUUCAACUGGCCCCAGAGAUGAAGUAGUGCUGAUGUUUUGCAAUGGAAACUAUUUUGGACCAAGACCAGUUGCAAAUGCUUGAGAACCACGAUCCUCCUCAUGGCAGACACAGGCCAGAAGGAAAAGCCACAAGAUUCACAGUUAAAUGCAGCUGGAGCCACAAGGGUCAGCUCAUGUCUGUGACUCAGGGCAGCCUCAGGGCCAUGAGGGAAACAAAAGCAGCAUUUGUAGACAUUGGCACAGGUUAUUCAUGUGGCUUUGCAGGGAAGCUAUGGCCUUCCCACAUCCUCUCAUGCACAGCUGGUAAGCCCAUACAGGAGACUGAGAGCAACCAAAAAGACAUCUUUGUUGGAAAGAGAACUUCAGAAUACUGUGCCCAAGAUACUUUGGAGUGUAUUUUGCAGGUGAAGAUUCAGCUGGAGGACUAUGCCAUGCUGUUCUGGUGUCAGUGUCCAAUUACUGAUAAGGAGAGAGAUGAUGAGAUGAAGUUUGAAGAAUCUGCUGUCCUUGUUGCCCACCAGUCCUAUUUAUCCAUGUACUCUUAUGGAAAAACCUCAGCUCUUGUGGUAGAAAGGGGCCAUGGCACUUUGCAUGUGUCUCCCCAUCCAUGAAGGUUAUGUUACAUGUAGCAUCACUGAGAUUAUGCUAGCUUAGAUGUCACACGUUAUCUUAUCUCGUAAAGUUACUAAAUGUGUAGUCACAGUACUUGACAACAGCCUGAAGUCAUCCCCACACCACCCAGACAGGCCACAUAACUCAGAACAGCUGGAAACAAGAGGGACUCCAAUGCUUCACCCUGACACAGGAGUGUUUUACCACUCCACUCGAACAAGCCCAAGCCAGCAUAACACACAGGGCCCAAGACCAAAUGGCCAUCCUGAUACAGGGCACAAACCCACUGAUCUGCAGCACUGGAUGUGCUAAUGCCGUGCAGUAAGAACACAGGUCACUACUUUGUCAUUAAAUACCUCCAGCAGACACGAAGUGCCUUGGUUUUGCUGGCAUUUUUCCAUAGCACCUGAAACGGCCUGCAUUGAACACAGCAGCUGUUGGGCCAAAAGUAACUCAGAGGGGGCUGCUACCACUGAAAGGUUUUCCAGCCUUGCCCUCUUCCUCUGCUCCCAGAAUUGCUGCUGUUACUGCUUGCAUCAGAUUACAGAAGUAUUCUUGGGUGAAACCUAACUCUCAGGUACGAGACCAGUUUCCAGAUGACACAGUUCUGCAAUGGUGCACAGCAUUAUCAGGGUACAGCUGCUGAUCUGUCAGUGCCAUACAGCAGCAUUAGUCCGUCUUCUUUAAACUCAGAUAAUUAGCUAGGUAAUUAUGAGGUAGUAUUACCCAUCAGAGCAUGACACUGACACCUCCUGCCCUGCUUUUAUUCAUGUUUUCUUCUGCCUAAGAUUUCCCUGGUGUGAACGAGCACCGUUUCAGGACAGCAAUGGCUGUUGGCACUGCAGGGUUCACUCUGAUGUAACAAAGCAAUAUUGAUGAAAAACUGGUAUUAGCAACAUCCAGCUUCAGCAGAGAAAACAGUUAAUUUGUGUAGCAACUACAACAGUUUGCUAUUGGUACAGACUUACUGGUGAGAUCUAGAGCAGGCUGAAGUGCUUAAAAUGUGGCCUGUCAUCACGGCAUGUACUCCCAUCCAUGGGAGGGAGUGAUGGCAGAGAAAACAGCCCAUUCUGGUGGGAUUGCUUCAUCCAGAAGGGAGGGAACAGUGGUGGGAGAUGUUGGAUUCGGCCAGCAGCACUCAGAGCUGCACACCCUUUUGCUCCCCAGCUUCACAAACCACCUCUGCAGUGAGAUGUGAGUGGCUGUCCCCAUGAGUGUGACACCAUAGAGGUCACAGUCACAGCCGCAUCAGGUGGAGGGACCCUUCACUUGCACAGCCCUAAGAACAGGACAGGACAACAACAAGCCAGGACAACAACAGUUUCUGUAAAGAUAUAAUGAACUUAUAUGAAAAUUUACAGUUCAGAGUUCACAGGGAUUCCUUGGCUUUUAGUUACUGCAGAAGAUGCAGUUUCCACUGUAGAUUUUUACUGAAUUUUGGUGGAGUAAGUAUGUCUGGAUCUGAAAGGCAAAUGGAACAAGUGUCAGAACGGGGGGGUAACAGCAGUACAGGUUCUUCAAGAGCUGUCAACUACUUAUUUCACUUUUCUUUACCUCAAAGGACACUGAGAAAUCUCUCAAGAUCUAUCAUUUCCCUUUAGUGACUGAUCACCAGCCUGCACAGAGGAGUGCCGCCAGCAGAGCUGCUUACACAAGAAAAUCUCUGGGGCACAUCAAUCCCCUCUCAGUUAUUGUUACUGUUCAGAAAGAAGAAGCAACGAGCAGUGUCACAAAGCAGAACUCCAUUCAUUCACCUGUCACUGGGCAAUCACAUACAACAGCCAGCUCUCUCUGUUUGGCGUGAAUAAGAGCCACAAGGUUUUUUCUGGAGCCAGCCCUGGCAAGUGGCAACAGGCAACUCACAUCUAGAGGUUCAUUAGAGGAUUUCCCCAGGCAAUUCCAGGACUAGCAGGGGAAGAGACUGUAGGACUAGUGGGGAAGAGGGAAGACAGGGUAGUUGGGACCCUUGCUAGGUCUCUCAGCCCUAAUUUUGCAUUAACUGCAAGAACUUCAAGAUGGCAAAGUGACAUGACAGGCUGUAGCCUGCCCUGGUCAAGACCCUGGCCUGACUGCCAAAGCCAGAUAGAAAAAUUCAGCAGGUAAGUUACAAGAAGAAUUAUUUAACACAUUCCUUAAGAAAUCAGAUUUUCGAUUCCCAUGAAACAGACUGACAUUACACACACAGGAACCAGGAGCACAACUGAGACAGGACAGUACACCAUAAAGAAAAGCAAGAAACGCCUACAGCUGAAUAACUGGUACAACUGCUGGCAGGUAGCAAUGGUUGGAGAGCCUCAAAGCCCACUAACCUCACUGACAUUUCACAUCCACACCUAACUCAGAGCCUCAACUAACCUUGUACAACAGGAGGCAUCAUCCUCUUCUGCUGGUAGGCAGCCAUAAUGCUGUUUGCAGUUGAAUUGGGUCCCAAGACCUGUAAUAAGAAGCAAUAGCCAUGUUCCAACCUGAACUAAGCAAGGCUAAAAGCAGGGAUACCCUCAAAGGAAAUUCUGCUGUUAGUGUCCAAAAGCAGAAGCACCUGCCUGCAGGAGACCUCAGAGUACAAUGUAACCAGGACUGUGUGAUCAAGUCCAGUAAUAUCUCAGAAAAGUUAACAUAGAGGAAGAAAGAAAACUGCUUUCGCACAGCUCUGAAGGACACAGAACCCUUAUCCCAGCACCGACUGCUUCACAGCCCUGUAAAUGUCAUGACUUGGCAGUACUAAUUUCAUUACAGCACCAUCAAUAUUUAAAGUUCUUUUGGGAGCCUCAAUUCCCUGUCAUACAGAAAAGUGUUAAUCUGUCUUUACGAGUCCUGCUGAUCAGCAGUUAUGGAGAAGAUGUUGGGGAACAUCUUGUGUUCACUGUGAAUGCUCAGAAAUCACUUAUUAGAAAUAAAGACUUUUACUCUGGAAGGGAACUAACUACAGUCCUAGUGAUUUCCUUAUUCUGCAUUAAGCUGAAGCUUAGAAACCUGACAUUAGCCUUCUUUUUGCAAUAUACUCCUUAUGAUAUACUGGUUCAGACUAAACUGACUGGUCUGGUAGCUUUUCACUUCACAACACCAGGUUGAACAACCACUACUCUUGUACAUAAAAGCUAUGUUAACACUUCUACCAUUAGGCCUAAAAGAGAAAACAGUGUUCCCAUGUUCUACAAAUGGCUUAAAAUAAAGUUUACAAAAAGAAGUCACCACUAGGACAAGGUAACACAAGCCU